UUUCAAUGCAACUCUUCCUUCUUAUUCGACUGAAUCAACUCUCUAAUUCUUGUCUAAAUCUCUUAUGAAACCCAUGAAAGCUCACCAAAAUCUUCCAUGGUUUCAAACAACAUGAAACCCAAUUCAUUCGCAUUCACAGCUCCAAAAUUAUUGUUUUGCUUCAUCAUAAUCUUCACUUUUUCAUCCAUAUAUUACUCCCUCAACUCACUCUUCUCCAACAAACAAACAACUCCCAUUAUCUACCAAUCACAUAAUUAUGAAAAUAAUCUUCUUCCCCCAAAACCGAAUCGAACAUUAUCAGCUACUGAACCGCCAUCUCAAUCUCAAAUCCAGCUCAACACAACCCUCCACCACAUAGUUUUCGGCAUCGGUGCCUCUUCCAAGCUAUGGAGCAAGCGAAAAGAAUAUCUCAAAAUAUGGUGGAAGCCUGACGAAAUGCGCGGCGUGGUCUGGCUAGACCACCCUGUUAAAACCGACUCGACCGAUUUCAACCUCUUGCCGCCGACGAUGAUCUCAUCCGACACGUCGGAUUUUCCUUACGAGAACAAGGAAGGUAAACGAUCAGGAAUUCGGAUAUCGAGGAUAAUAUCUGAGACGGUAAAGCUAGGAAUGGUGGAUGUGAGAUGGUUCGUAAUGGGAGAUGAUGAUACAGUUUUUAUUACUGAUAAUUUGGUUAGGGUUUUGUCGAAGUAUGAUCAUAGUCAGUAUUAUUAUAUUGGGAGCUUGUCGGAGAGUCAUAUCCAGAAUAUUCAUUUUUCUUAUGGAAUGGCGUAUGGUGGUGGUGGUUUUGCUAUAAGUUACCCGUUGGCGGUGGCGCUUGCGAAGAUGCAGGAUAGGUGUAUGAAGAGAUAUUCUGGAUUGUAUGGUUCUGAUGAUCGGAUUCAAGCUUGUAUGGCUGAACUAGGUGUUCCUCUUACCAAGGAACCUGGAUUUCAUCAGUUUGAUGUAUACGGAAACUUAUUCGGCCUUCUAGCAGCACAUCCGGUGACACCACUAGUCUCACUCCACCACCUUGACCUAGUGUCGCCAAUAUUUCCAAACUCCGAUCGAGUAGAAUCACUACAAAGAUUAAGAGUAGCAUCACAGCUAGACUCAGCAGCUCUACUGCAGCAAUCAAUCUGCUACGACCAACCCAGAAACUGGACCGUAUCCGUAUCAUGGGGCUACGCUGUUCAAAUCUACCAAGGCAUAAUUCCGCCGCGGGAAAUCGAAAGACCGGCGAGAACAUUUCUGAACUGGUAUCCAAGGGCCGACCACCGUGGUUUUCCGUUUAAUACCCGUCCGGUUAGCAAGAAUGAAUGUGAAAGACCGUUGGUUUAUUGUCUUUCGAAUGCUUUAUAUGACGCUCAUGCUGAUCAGACGGCUACUGAAUAUGUUGGGACUGGAACUCUGAAUCCGAAUUGCAACUGGGAAAUGGAUAAUCCUUCUCCGAUCAAUAGAGUUGAGGUUUAUAAGAGACCCGACCCGUAUUUAUGGGACAAGGCGCCAAGAAGGAAUUGUUGCAGAGUAUUACCGACCGAGGCUAAAGAUACUAUGAUAGUUGAUGUUGGGGAAUGCGAAGAAGAUGAAAUCGUUGAAGUUAUGGAACUGAAUAUCUGAAUACAAUUCUUUUUUGAGGCAAAAUAUUAAAAAACUUUUGUACCUUGUAUUAAAAUGAACCCUUUUAUUAAAUUGUAUGUUUUUGUACUAUAGUUUCUAUAUCUUGUUUCAAAUUAAUGUUUCAUACAAAUUCAGGUUAUUUUUUAUGACGUGGCAACCGGAUGCAAGAAUGUUGUUUUAUGAUGUGGAGUUUACUAUGAUUGCCACGUCAUAAAAAAUAGCAUGAAUUUGUAUAAAAUUUGUUUGGAAUAAAAUAUACAAAUUAUGAUACCCAAAAAAUACGAAUUAAAAAAAGUUUCAAUUUCA